CUAUUUACCGGUGGUUGCACAAUUUAAGCAAUUAAAGUAAUUGCAAAAGCUUCCGGUCAAUAUGCACUUGAUAAUCUCCACUCGUUAUCACCGUCGUUGUUUGUAGUAGACUAAAUGGUUCAGCAACAUUUACUCAAGUACUUGAAAGGCAGAGAAGCGCAGGAAAACAUCGGCCGUCAUGGAUAAGCAGAGUAUCAAACUGUGCUUAUUGCUGACCUACUUGGCUGCAUCGGUGCGAACUUACCAGCUCCAAGAGGCCACUGUGUAUUGGGAUGCUGCCCAGAAAAGUGUGAUCCUGAAGGAGGGGGUGAUGGAGACAGAGGGGGGAGCUUACGGGUACUUCAAUGACACUCUGCUUCUCACUGGAUGGGGCGUCUUGGAGAUCAGUGCAGGUUAUGGAGGAAACCCGCAGCACGACGAGACCACCUUCUUCCUGGCUGGGUACCUGGAGGGUUAUCUUACUGCUGGACAGAUGUUUCCUCACUACUACAACAUGUACCCUCAACUCAUAAAGGACGAGAAGGUCUUGAGCCCCCUGAGGAGGUUUUUAAGUAAACAAGACCAGUGGGCCAGAGAACAGGUGAAACUGAAGAGAUCCAGCGACCCCUUGUGGAAACAUUUGGGACUGAUCCUGGCCCAGCUGGAUGGGCUCCAUGCUGGAGCUGCACAGUGGGCCAAAAACAAACACAUGGAGCCUCUAUCAGCGUUUGCUCUCCAGUUUCUGAAUGGCGUGGGAGACCUCCUGGACCUCGUCCCAGCUCUGACACCUCGCUCCAACUCCUCCACAGGAGGUGGUGCUUUCGGGAUGCCAGGAAUGGGCCACUGCACCGCUCUCAUCAAGGUGCUUCCAGGCUUUGAAAACCUGCUGUUUGGCCACUCAAGCUGGUACACAUAUGCAGCCACUAUGCGCAUCUAUAAACACUGGAACUUCAAGGUGUCUGACACACAAGCUGCCACUGGAAAGUUGUCGUUCAGCAGCUACCCUGGAUUCCUGAUGUCUCUGGAUGACUUCUACCUUCUUGGGAGUGGCCUGCUGAUGACGCAGACCUCCAUUGGUGUCUUCAACAUCUCUCUGUUCUCACAGCUCAGCCCUCACAGCCUGCUGGCCUGGCAGAGAGUCCGCCUGGCCAACAACCUGGCACACAGCGGAGAGGAAUGGGCCAAGAUCUUCUCCAAAUACAACUCAGGUACCUAUAAUAGCCAGUACAUGGUGGUGGACCUGAGCAGGGUUUCUCUGGGUCACAGUAUCAAGAGUGGAGCUCUGACUGUGGUUGAGCAGAUUCCCGGGAAGGUGGCGCACUCUGAUCAGACUCAAGCUUUACGGAGAGGUUACUGGCCGUCGUACAACAUACCAUUUCAUGCUGAUAUCUACGAUCUGAGUGGGUACGGUGUGAUGUGGAAUAGAUAUGGAGAAGACUUCUCCUAUGACCUCUGCCCCAGAGCCAAAAUACUCCGCAGAGACCAGGCCAAAGUAUCUGACCUCAACUCUCUUAAACACAUCAUGAGAUACAACAACUACAAGAGAGACCCCUACUCCAAGGGCCAUCCAUGUAAAACCCUGUGUUGCCGUAACGACCUGAGACCAAGGAGACCACGUCCAGGAGGUUGCUAUGACACUAAGGUGACCAACUACCAGAUGGCGAUCAAGCUGGUCGCGGAGGCAAUUAACGGCCCAACGACGCAUGGGGGCCUGCGUCCCUUCUCAUGGCAGUCCUUCAAUCUCUCAAAUCAUCAGGGUCUCCCACACACCUACAACUUCUCCUUCGUCACGAUGAGGUCCACACUGCGUCAGCCUUGAGAACAAGAGACAGAAAAUACCUCCAACCCGUGUAGAAAGGGUCUUCCUGUUGAGAUCAGCAGUCCUAAUUUUUCUUGUUAAUAAUGCACUUUUGGUUACAGAGGACAACGUUGAAGCUUGGGAAGAUGUGACAAAUUUGGUCAACAAAUACAAUUUCAAUUGUAAACUUUACAGGCACCAUCUUACACAACUAAUUUAAAGUAAUUAAAUGAUUAAAUACAGACCAUGGCACAAUGUGAUUGAGGAAAUUGUCAAUGCAUUUACAUGCACUCCAUUUAAUUAUCCCAGUGUAAUUUCCUUGUAGUUAAAUAAUGCCAAUCUGAUAGAGCGUCACUUUUUGUUGUUGUUUAUAAAAUAGGCUAUUUAUUAAUACAUUAGUAUUCUAUUCUUAAAUCCAUUUUCAGAUCUUUUGUUUUCGAUAACAGCCAUUAUUACUGGCUCUUGCUGGUAUCAAUACUGUUCUCCUUUCUGGUUUUCAUACAACAGUAGUAUUGUAAAAGUAGUACCUUAAUGAGCUUGAGGAUUAUUGACUGAAAAUGUUUGUUCCAGAUAUUUUAAAUGUUACCUGUCAGGAAAUUUCUAUUAAGUUUUGAUGCAAUGUUUACUCGGGUAACAAAUUGAUGUUAAUGCUUAUUUGAUGUGAUGUAUAUAUCAACGAUUAUAAAAUAUUAAUUGACCUAC